AUGAACUUUGAGGACUAUGAAACACUUCCGACCCAAAAUUCCAUCACACACAUGACGGCAGGCGCAAUUGCCGGGGUGAUGGAACAUUGCGUAAUGUACCCGCUGGAUUCGGUCAAGACGCGUAUGCAGUCACUCCGGUCGGCACACAAUGGCAGCAUCGUCGAAACCUUCCGAUAUAUGGUGCAACGGGAGGGCUUACUUAGGCCUAUCCGCGGCAUGUCGGCGGUCGUGGUCGGUGCUGGGCCGGCACACGCCUGCUUCUUCGCCACCUACGAACAGAGCAAACACACCCUAUCACAACUCACGAGGCAUCGGCACGAUCACAUAACACACGGUCUAUCGGGUUGUUUGGCCUCGCUCAUACACGACGCAGUUUCAAAUCCCACCGAAGUUGUGAAGCAGCGGUUGCAGAUGCUAAAUUCUCCGUACAGAGGCGUCUGGGAGUGCGCGAGGCACGUGUACCGAGCGGAAGGUUUGAGGGCGUUCUAUCGCUCAUACGGGACGCAAGUCACCAUGAACGUGCCCUUCCAGGCGGUACACUUUGUGACGUAUGAGUGGUGUCAGUCCCGGUUGAACCCCACGCGGGGCUACGAGCCGCGGGCGCAUCUCACGUCAGGAGCUUUCGCGGGAGCGCUAGCCGCGGCUGCUACCACCCCCCUUGACGUUUGCAAGACGCUGCUCAAUACACAGGAGCGAGGCGCGGAAGGUCUGGUGGGCGCGGCUGGUCUCGUGCUGCGGACGUCCGGGCCUCGCGGCUUCUUCAAGGGAGUGGCCGCGCGCAUCCUCUACCAGAUGCCUGCGGCGGCGAUUUGUUGGCUCACCUACGAAACGCUCAAACACGCGCUUAACACUGUGGAGUUGUCCGAGGAGUCGAGCGAGACGAGUACAGCGGGUUCGAGUCUCGCCUGUGCCACGCUGCGUCUCGCCGCCGCGGAGGUGCCGGCCACGACCCUGACGCGCACAUAA